AUGGCCAUGGACCCAAUAACAGCCCCCGUUAGACUUACUAUCGAGCAACUGCGGCAUGUGGUCAACAAUUACCCCAUCAUCGACAACCACGCGCACAACCUUAUUUUGCCCGCACACAUCAAUACGAUACCGUUCGAAACGAUAACUACGGAAGCCCAGGGACGAGCCUUACGAGACACGUUCAAAUCGCUUUCGCAUUUGCGAGCGGCCAGACAACUACGUCAACUUUACGAAUGCGCUGAGGGUGCAGACUGGGAGGACAUCUUGGAGCAGAGGAUUGAGUGGCUGCGGAGCAACUCUGAACGCUUGCAUGAGCGAUGCUUCGAAAACAUUCACGCUCUCCUCAUCGACGACGGGCUCGCUGCGCCCGAGCAGGUCUUUCCUUAUGAUUACCAUGACCGUUAUACGAAGGCGCCCACUAAGCGUAUUGUGCGAAUUGAGACAGUCGCUGAGCGCUUGAUGGAAAGUCUUGUACGAGAUGCGUCAGAAGAUGAUUUGGCAAAGACCAAGUUUCUACCCAAGACCUGGACCAACUUUACCGAUGAAUUCGAGCGUGAGAUCCAGGAUGCCAUUGAAGACAAAAACGUUGCUGGCUUUAAAUCUGUCGUCUGCUAUCGUACCGGUCUCGACGUUGAGCCGGACUAUGAGCAAGCUGCGAAAAUGGUCGGACACCCGUUCGAACGCUACGUCAAGAGCUGCGUUCGCAAGCGCAUCUAUAGGAUCGAGAAAAAGCCUCUGAAUGACUACCUGGUGUUACGAACAUUGGAGAUACUGUCCGAGCGACUACCUCAUGCGGACUCGCUUGCAAAGCCAUUCCAGCUGCAUACUGGGUUGGGAGACAAUGACAUCAGUCUCUUGGAAGCAAACCCAUCGUUUCUCCAGCCCUUGAUUGAAAACUACCCGCAAGUGCCUUUUGUGCUGCUCCACUCGGCGUAUCCAUAUACGCGCGAAGCAGGCUAUCUUGCAACAGUAUAUCGGCAUGUGUAUCUCGAUAUUGGCGAAGUGUUUCCCAUGAUUAGCAGAGAUGGUCAGGCAACAGUUCUACGACAAGCCAUGGAGCUAGUACCUGGGAGUAAACUCUUGUACUCUUCUGAUGGCCAUUGGUUUCCGGAGACGUUCUGGUUGGCAAAUGCACAGUUUCGUGAAGUGUGGCUUGAUAUACUUAUCGAAUACAUUAAAAAAGGUGACCUCACCCCACAACAGGCCAUUGGUAUGACCAAGGAUAUCAUGUUCAACAACGCGAAUGUGGUGUACGAUCUGCGCUACGAGGCUACGUUUGAUGAGACUAUACAAGCCCCCCCGAAGCAAUUGACAUACAACACGAAGCCAAGUACAGCCUCACCUUUUCGAUCCCCAGCAGUUACGCCAGGUCCAAGCACAGGUUUGUACAGUCAAACUCCAACUUCCGAUAGGCAAAUCAGUCCACCUGUCUCUCCAUACGCACAACCAGCCUUCCCCCCUCCACCAAAGGUACCGCAAGUCUACGACAUUGAAAAGUUUGACUAUUUCAUGGAGCAGAAUCCAACCGUCAAGUUCAUCUAUGUGCAAUGGCUUGACUACACAGCUACAAUUCGUACCCGCAUUGUGCCCAUCAAGGAGUUUACGCGUAUGAUCAGCGAGGGCGAGCGCAUCGGCAUCUCUCAGGGAAACACUGGAACUCUGCAAAACGACCAUACAACACACGUGGUAAACACAACCGGGCAAAUCUACGUAGAACCAGACUUGCGCUCCCUCCGACCAACACACAACAAGGACCCCCUCCCAGCAGCAACGGUACUCAGCUACUGGCGCUCCGAAAACGGCGUCCCCCUCCCGUCCGACCCGCGGAACAACUUGGAGAUACUCAUCAACGAACUCCAAUACAACCACGCAACCACGCUCCUCGUGGGUUUCGAGAUUGAAGUCACCUUUCUAUCCCGCAACCCACCUUCCGCACCCACCAACCCCUUCCAAGCAGACCCUUACUCGCCCCUCACCAAGGAACACGCUUGGGGUACCCUCACACCCUCGCAAUGGCUCCAGCUCCCUUUCCUGAGUGAAAUCGUGCUAGCGCUCGAGCAAAUGGAAAUCGAUGUGCAGCAAUUCCAUGCCGAGUCCGGAAAAGGCCAGUACGAAUUUGUGCUCCCGCCUCAACCGCCUCUCCUCGCCGUCGACACGUUGAUUCAGGCUCGUCAGGUGAUUGCGCAGAUAGCCAGCCUACAUGGCUUGAGAGCGACACUGCAUCCCAAGCCGUUUGAGGGCAUCGGCACGGCCGCUCACGCCCACGUUAGCUUGCACCCGCCGGACCGCGAUAUGCACUUCUUUGUAGGCGGCGUGUUGAAACAUCUACCUGCGCUUUGUGCAUUUAGUAUGCCAGAGGAAGUAGCAUGGGGUACUCAAAACCGCGAAACGCCACUUCGCCGCAUCCACUCAGGUCACUGGGAACUACGGUCCAUGGACGGCCUGGCAAACGUCUACUUUGCCCUCUCUGCUAUCCUUGCCGCAGGUCUCCUUGGUCUCGCUUCCGCCCCGACGACGCCCACAGACUUGCCGCGCGAUAUCCCCGUCAACCCGGCUUCCCUGAACAAGCACGAAUUGGCCGAGUACGGUGUGACGAGGAAGAUGCCUAGGGACGUUUUCGAGGCGCUGGUGGCACUGGAGAAGGAUGCGGAGUUCAGAGAGGCAUUGCCAGGAGCCAUGGUAGAGAGCUAUCUUGUGAUGAAGAGGGAGGAGCUGAGAAUGCUGGGAGACAUGUCAGAAGUGGAGCGGAGGGUCUUUUUGAUUGAAAGAUACUAG